CUCUCCUCAAGUUUGUGUUCCUUCAGUACCCGCACCACCGAAUUCAAUCCCUACCAUACCAGUGCAGAUCUUACAUCUGGUGAUCAUCUCUACCAGCACAGCACCCGUAAAUGCAAUGGCCACUUUGAUUACAUCCCGGGGCAAUGCCACGAGAAGUGUACCCAUGCAAUCGACAAACCAAAACCUUCGACCAAUAGCACUAAUCGCAUCACAGAUAGGGGAUCUCAAUGGUUACCAUGAGAUUACUGAACCCAAUCUCAGUGCUACCCGACAAUGUAGAGGGUGUUCUCCGGUGGUCGAGAUCACAGGUACAGGCUGGUUAGAUACACAGGUUAAGGAUCAGCAUGGCUCUACAGAGCGGCUGGACCCUGCUCUACUGAUCACUCAAGCACCUCCAAUUGCUACAGUUUCUGCUGGCUCAGCGACUGUCGUUAUUGAGCAGGAACUAGAUGGCGAUACCUUUGAUAGGAGACCCAUAUACUGUCGUUCCUGGUAA